ACCAGCUGCGCAACCAGCCAAUUAACGACGCGUCACCUCAAAGUUCAUUAAACGGACUUACAAGUGAACAGAUAUUCGAGAAAUAUUCCAAAUGCUUUGACGGAUUAGGACGCAUAUCAGACCCUUAUCACAUUAAGAUUAACUCUGACGCAACGCCUGUUGUUCAUCCACCUCGUAAGCUUCCUUCAGCGUUGAGAGAUCGAGUCCAGAACGAACUACAAGAAAUGGAAUCCAGGGGAAUCAUUAAGAAAGUAAACGAGCCCACGGCAUGGGUAAACUCCAUGGUAGUUAACGAGAAACGCUCGGGAAAAUUACGCAUAUGCAUCGAUCCACGAGAUCUCAACAAAGCUCUGC